AUGGGGCAUUCUACACAAGUACGGAGCACAACGACAACGACCAUUGUCAGUGAAACUGACUUGCAAUUAUCGGGUUCCUUGGAAGAAAAUAUUAUUUCAAAUCAAACUGUGGCAACGACAGACGUCCAACAGAAUGCCAAGACGACAGUCCUGACAGUGACAUCAUCAGAGGCAAAUAUGACACAAACAACGACACCUAAACCCACAUCAACCACUACUAUAACAACCAACAGGACACCCUCAAGCAUCAUAGAAACAGCCCAUACACCAGUCAAAACAUCCAUCGCCACACCUUCCACCACAACAACAAACAAAACCAAAACCUCAACCGCGACAGAAACCAACACCACAUCAACCACCACCAAUCCCUUAUUUACUUCAGUAACUACCACCAAACCCUUCUCCACAACAGCAAUACCCAAUACGUCCCCUACCGCCAAAGAAACCCCAGAAAGGCCCUCCAGCUAUCCCAGAGCAGCAACCGCCAUCAUAAUCUCCACUACCACUGCAACCUAUUCAACACCCUCAACCAAGGCUAAAACCACCACAAAACCAUCAUCCGCAACAGCAACUACCGCCAAACCCUCCUCCACUACUGCAACCACCACAAGACACUCCUCCAAAACAGCAACCACCACCAAACUUUCCUCCACUCCAGGAACACCCACCUCCACUACAGUAACCACCACCAAACACUCCUCCAAAACAGCAACCACUACCGAACUCUCCUCCACUCCAGGAACACCCACCUCCACUACAGCAACCACCACCAAACCUUCCUCCACUCCAGGAACAACCACCUCCACUAUAGCAGCCACCUUCAAGCCCUCCUCCACAUCAGCAGCCACCACCAAACCAUCCAACACAACAGCAGCCACCUCCAAACCAUACCCAACAUCAGAAGCCACCACCAAACCAUCCCCCACAACAGCAGCCACCACCAAAACAUCAUCCACAACAGCAGCCAGCACCAAACCAUCAUCCACUACAGUAGCCACCACCAAACCAUACCCAACAUCAGAAGCCACCAUCAAACCAUCCCCAACAACAGCAGCCACCACCAAAACAUCAUCCACUACAGCAGCCCCUACCAAACCAUCCUCCACAUCAGCAGCCACCACCAAACCAUCCCGUACAACAGUAGCCCCCACCAAACCAUCCUCCACAUCAGCAGCUUCCUCAAAAACAUCAUCCCCUACAGCAGCCACCUCCAAACCAUACCCAACAUCAGAAACCACCACCAAACCAUCCCCCACAACAGCAGUCACCACCAAAACAUCUUCCACAACAGCAGCCAGCACCAAAACAUCAUCCACUACAGUAGCCACAACCAAAACAUCAUCCACAACAGCAGCCACCACCAAAACAUCAUCUACAACAGCAGCCACCACCAAACCAUCAUCCACUACAGCAGCUACCACUACAACAUCAUCCACAACAGCAGCCAACACCAAACCAUCAUCCAAAUCAGCAGCCACCACCAAACUAUCCUCCACUACAGCAGCCACCCUCAAACCAUCAUCCGCUACAGCAGCCACAACCAAACCAUCCCUCACUACAGCAGCCACCACCAAACCAUCAUCCACUACAGCAGCCACCUCUAAACCAUCCCCCACAACGGCAGCCACCUCCAAACCAUCCUCCACAACAGCAACCACCACCAAACCAUCCAUCACUACAGCAGCCACCUCCAAACUAUCAUCCACUACAGCAGCCACCACCAAACCAUCCUCCCCAACAGCAGCCACCAGCAAACCAUCCUCCACUACAGCAGCAACCUCCAAAACAUCUCUCACUACAGCAGCCACCACCAAUCCAUCCUCCACUACAGCAGCCAGCUCUAAACCACCCCCAACAACGGCAGCCACCUCCAAACCAUCAUCCACAAGAGCAGCCAGCACAAAACCAUUUCCAACAACAGCAGCCAUCUCUAAACCAUCCCCCACAACGGCAGACACCUCCAAACCAUCAUCCACAACAGCAGCCACCUCCAAACCAUCCCCAACAAUAGCAGCCACCAGCAAACCAUCCUCCACUACAGCAGCCACCUCCAAACCAUCUCUCACUACAGCAGCCACCAUCAAACCAUCCUCCACUACAGCAUCCAGCUCUAAACCACCCCCAACAACGGCAGCCACCUCCAAACCAUCAUACACAAGAGCAGCCAGCACAAAACCAUUCCCCACAACAGCAGCCACCUCUAAAUCAUCCCCCACAACGGCAGCCAUCUCCAAACUAUCAUCCACAACAGCAGCCACCUCCAAACCAUCCCCAACAAUAGCAGCCACCACCAAACCAUCAUCCACAACAGCAGCAACCACCAAAUCAUCAUCCACUACAGCAGUCACCACCAAACCAUCCUCUACUACAGCAGCUACCUCCAAACCAUCAUCCACUACAGCAGCCACCACCAAACCAUCAUUCACUACAUCAGCCACCACCAAACCAUACUCCACUACAGCAGCCACCACCAAACCAUCCUUCACAGCAGCAGCCACCACUAAACCAUCCUCCACUAAAGCAGCCACCUCCAAACCAUCAUCCACUACAAAAGCGACCACCAAACCAUCCUCCACAACAGCAGCCACCAGCAAACCAUCCUCCACAACAGCAGCCACCUCCAAACCACCCCCCACAACAGCAACCACCUCCAAACCAUCAUAUACAUCAACAGCCACCUCCGAACUAUCCCCCACUUCAGCAGCCACCUCCAAACCAUCAUCCACAGCAGACAUCACCAAACCAUCAUCCACUACAGCAGCCAACACCAAACCAUCCUCCACUAAAGCAGCCACCUCCAAACCAUCAUCCACUUCAGCAGCACCCACCAAACCAUCAUCUACUACAGUAGCCACCACCAAACCAUCCUCCACUACAGCAGCCACCACCAAAACAUCUUCCACUACAGCAGCCACCUCCGAACCAUCCCCCACUACAGCAGCCACCACCAAACCAUCCUCCACUACAGCAGCCACCACCAAACCAUCUUCCACUACCGCAACCACCUCCAAACCAUCCCCCACUACAGCAGCCCCCUCCAAACCAUCCUCCACUAGAGCAGCCACCACCAAACCAUCCUCCACAACAGCAGCCACCUCUAAACCAUCCCCCACAACAGCAGUCACCACCAAACCAUCAUCCACAACAGCAGCCACCUCUAAACCAUCCUCCACAACAGCAGCCACCACCAAACAACCCCCCACUACAGCAGCCACCGCCAAACCAUCCCCCACUACAGCAGCCCCCACCAAACCAUCCUCCACAACAGCAGCCCCCUCCAAACCAUCAUCCACAACAGCAGCCCCCACCAAACCAUCCCCCACAACAGCAGCCACCUCCAAAACAUCAUCCCCAACAGCAGCCACCACCAAACCAUCAUCCACAACAGUAGCCCCAACCAAACCAUCAUCCACAACAGCAGCCACCACCAAACCCUCCUCCACUAGUGCAACCGCCACCAAACCCUCUUUCACUACAGCAGUACUCAAUACACCCUCCAUCACCACUGCAACCACCACCGCAUCAACCACCACAACAGCCACCUCCAUCAUAAUCUCCACCACCAAUGCAACCAUAGCCACAUCCUCUACCAAGACAACAACCACAACCAAACCCUCAGUUGCUGUUAAGGGGAAAUAG